AUGGCUCUCAAGCGAAUUAACAAGGAACUCACUGAUCUCGGCCGGGAUCCCCCGUCCUCCUGCUCUGCUGGCCCCAUUGGAGAUGAUCUGUUCGUCUGGCAAGCUACCAUCAUGGGUCCGGGUGACUCCCCAUACUCGGGAGGCGUUUUCUUCCUCAGUAUUCACUUCCCUACCGACUACCCAUUCAAGCCUCCCAAGGUCAACUUCACCACCCGCAUCUACCACCCCAACAUCAACUCCAACGGCAGCAUCUGUCUGGAUAUCCUGAGGGACCAAUGGAGCCCUGCGCUCACCAUCUCGAAAGUCCUGCUUUCGAUCUGCUCCAUGCUCACAGACCCCAACCCCGACGACCCUCUCGUGCCGGAGAUCGCACACGUCUACAAGACGGAUACAGAACGGUACGAGGCGACGGCUCGCGAAUGGACACGCAAGUACGCUAUCUGA